CUGAGGGCUUACUUCACCUCGACCUCCGAGAUGCCUCCCUAACGCGCAAGACUCUCGAUGAUGUUAUUCCCAGCCUUCUGCAGAUCCCGCCGUUAUAGAAGGAGCCUUUACAGGCUUUUCCUAGGAGCGAUUACCUUAUUCUUUGUCUUCGACACCUUCUACGUCGUGUUCUUCGGUCGCAGUCCACAUCGCGCGGCGCCCUCGUCGAAGCCUUCGCACCAUGAACGCAUCUUCAUAGGAAGCAUGCACUGGAACAACGAAGCAAUCUUGAGGUCACACUGGAACAAGGCGGUGGUUGCUCUGGCCAGAUACUUUGGCCCAGAGAAUGUCUUCGUGGCGGUCUUAGAGAGCGGAAGUUGGGACGAUAGCAAAGGUGCAUUGCGAGAGUUGGACGCGCAGUUGUCUGAGCUCGACGUUCCUCGCUCAAUCGUAUUGGAAGACACCACACACUUGGAUGAGAUCUCGCGGAUACCGUCUCCUAACGAGACUGGCUGGCUGUGGACGCCGCGCGGGCGCAAGGAACUGCGCCGUAUCCCGUACCUAGCGAAUCUACGAAACCGAGUAAUGAUGGAAAUGGCCAAGCAGCUUGAGGCCAAGGGAGCGCGGUUUGAUAAAGUGUUAUGGCUCAAUGAUGUGGUCUUCACGACCGAAGAUGUCGUCACGCUAUUAUCCACAAAUCGCGGGGAAUAUGCAGCUGCGUGCUCACUCGACUUCUCCAAGCCCCCAAGAUACUAUGACACCUUUGCCCUGCGAGACACAUCAGGCUCCAAGACUGUCUCACCGGUAUGGCCGUACUUCUUCUCUGGCGCGUCGCGGGAUGCCCUCAUAGCGAACAAAGACAUUCCAGUGCUGUCUUGCUGGAACGGCAUGGUGGCAAUGGAUGCUGAGCCUUUCUACGCAAAUGAACCGCUCAGUUUCCGCGGCGUUCCCGACAGCCUUGCCGAACUUCAUCUAGAAGGGUCAGAGUGCUGUCUCAUACACGCUGACAACCCACUGAGCGGCAUCAAAGGCGUCUAUGUCAAUCCGAAUGUCAGAGUGGGCUACAAUCCGGAAGCUUAUGGGGCCGUAAACGCCUUUCCGACUUGGCCUUCGCCAGCGGAACGUAUUAAAAGCAUUUGGAAGGCCCGUUUGGCGACCAUCAAGGCCAUGCUGCAAUAUGGUGCCGAAUAUCUAGUAGUUCGCCGUAGGCUAAAGCAGUGGGAGGCGCUCAAGUCAACCGAUGGGAAGGUGCAUCACGAGCCUGGGGCGUACUGUCUAGUCAACGAAAUGCAAGUGUUGGUGGAGAACGGGUGGAAGCAUCUAUAA